UGCCUUGGGUGAAUGUCAGAAGGGACUCACGAAAUAGCAAGAACGACACUAAAUUUAGUUAUUAACAAUUUAUUGGAAUUUUCACGGUUUUAUUAGACCUCUAAGGUUCUAAACAAUGAGUUCUAAGGACAAAGAAUUAUCUAAAUCCAAAUUCAAGUCAUUCCUAAAGAAUGCAAAAAAUCCAGCAGGAACAACUUUAAGGCCAGAAACUGAGAGGGAAUUGCGACCAGAACAACCAGUGGCUCAACGUUGCAAAAUACUCAAAGACCUAAGUGAGCAAUUGCAGUCUCUCAAUCUCGAGGAGACUGCCAUUGUUAAGCUAUGGGACACAACCAAAGAUCUCUUGGUUCCCACCAAAUCACCCGAAUGUCGUCAGACUGCCUUAACAUUUUACAAAAGACUUAUCUAUACGCAGUACAAAAAUUUGACGUACAUGAGAGAACAAUUCUUUUUGGUCAUACAAAAUCAUGAGGUGGCUGAUGAUUUGAAACAUCGUAUCGAGCUGUUGGAUACGCUGACGGAAAAUGGCAAAGAUAUCAAAAAUUUGGAGGAGAAGAUUGGUAGUUUUAUGCUGAUGUGGCUACCGGCUAUACAUCAAGCCAAUUUGUUGCGCCCCUAUUUGGAAAUGUUGGGAAAUUUGAUAAAAUUUAAUGCUGCUCAUUUGGAUAAUGAUAUAAUCAUUGGAAUAGUUCAAAAUGCCUGCAAUCUCAGUUGCACUGUUUCGGAUGAAGACAUUGGUUUGCAGUGUCUGAUUAUUCUUGAAAUGGUUAUUGGCUAUACAAUAUUUCCCAGCGAUCCCUUGCCCCAAUUUGUUUUCACAUUGUGUCGAACAGUUAAUGUAGCUCCAUAUUGUAGUACUUCAUGGAAGAUUAUGAAAAACCUUUUGGGCACUGAACUUGGCUAUCAUUCUAUGAAAAUGAUGUGCAAUAUCUUAAAUGAUCGUUCUCUCUAUGAAGAUGAGUAUUUACUGAGAGGUGCUGUAUUCCAUUUGACUAUGAAUAUAUUUGGAGUACCCAUGGUAUUUCAAGUGUCACCAUUAUUUUAUGCCUCCAUGGUGUUGAAUAGUUUUUUAAGGGCUCUGGACAGUCGCCAUCUAUGUGUCACCUAUGAAGUUAUAGUAGGGAUUUAUAUUUUGAUUGGAAAAUAUAAAUCCGAACUACCCGAAAUCAUUUGGGAUCGUAUAUGUGAUAUAAUGUCAGCUGUAGAAAGUAACAUGGAAGUUUAUGGCAAAGUUUCUGGCGACACUGAGGGCGUCACCCAUCUCAAAAAUCAUUUCCACGAAAAUAUCAACUGCAUUGAAAAGCUGCUGCAAGAUGAAAAAACCAAAAUUCUUGCCAAUUAUGAUCGUAUUUAUGAUCUCAUAGAGCGCGUGGCCGAGAGCCGUCCCGAAUCUUCUGUGUUAAUGUUGAUCGACUAUCGCUCUUCGAAAAUUACAGCCACACGUCCGGAAUGGCUGCAGUUAUUGAACUCAUUUGUUCAGCGUUUCUAUAAAAUGUCCAGUACACCCAUACGCAUAAAAGUCAUCCAAAGUUUGGUGAAUAUAAUGGAUUUGAAUCGUUCCUGUUAUGAGGAGGAGAUUUUGGAGCGAGUGGUGUUGCCUUUGUUUUCGCAAGUUUGCAAUGAAACAGAUGUGCAGUUAAGAUGUACUGUGGCCAAUGCUUUGAUCGAAUUCGCCCGUCACUGUGAUACUAAACGCUGUGGUGAACUUUUAGAUUUGCUAGAGAAAAUCAUUAAUCGUCCUUACGAACAAUUUAAACUUAAUGGUCAGGAGAUUAAAAGCGAGCAGGAUAUACAAGAUGUGGUGGCCGCGGUGGAUGGUCUUAUCGAAGUAUUUUUGGUGAAAUUGUAUCGCUUGCCCUCAUGCCAUGCCAUUAAGAUAUUCAAUAUAUUGGUGGCUCACUUGGAGCAGAAUUAUAAUACACCAAAGGUUUUCGAACAGGCCAAUAUUGUGCGAUACAAGAUAUUCUCCUGGAUGUUAAAGGCUCGUGCCAAUGCCUUGUACCACAUAGGCUAUCCCGAUCCCUUAAAUAAUGACAACAUUAAGUACAGCUAUUAUCUGGGCAUAGAUUCCAGCCUUCCUGCUGCCCAUGAAAUAUCCACCCUUCAUCAUCAGCAACGCCAUCAAUUGAUGACACAACUCUCGGCCCAUGAUGCCAGUGUACCAAAUCCACAUUUUACCACCAUAUCCAUAAAGAGGGCUUGCGAAAUGAUUGUUAAAUGUUUGGAUAAGGACAGAGAUUAUCAAAUUUUCCAAUUGGUUAUCAAGGAGCUGCCUAAAAUAAUGCAAAAUAAAGCUUUGAUACAGGGCAAUGAUAUCGAAUCAUUAGCUGCUGCCUUAUUUAAAAUUAUCUUCGAAAGUAAUAAAACCCUGCAUGUCACCUACAAGUCUAGUAUCGAUGAGCUAAAUUCAUUGGUAUUGCCAGCCAUAGCUUCAUUGGUUAUUUAUCAUAAAUUUAUACAGCCUUCGAAUCAAUAUAAAAUCAUUGAUGUUCUCAAAAUGGGCAUACUAUCGGGCAUAGCUAAUAUUUGUAUCAAUACCAUGACAACCAUCAUAUUGGAAAUGCCAGAGGCCUUAAUGCGCAAAUUGCCAGAUAUUUUAUUGCAAAUGUCAAAGAUGUCCGAUAAACCUACAGUGUCAAUAUCUGUUUUGGAAUUUUUAUCUAUUUUGAGUCGUUUGCCCAAUGAUUUGUUUACCAAUUUCACACCACGUCAAUAUAUGUAUGUCUUUGCAAUUUCCUUAGCUUAUACCAAACCUCAUCGCUAUGAUCAUUAUACGGUGUCUUUGGCUCAUCAUGUAAUAGCCGGUUGGUUUCUGAAAUGUAAAUUGGAAUUGCGUAAAAAUUGUGUUAAAUAUAUAAUAUCGAGCAUUCAAUCCAAUGCCAGCAUGUUGUAUGAGGACAUUAAUAAAUUAUCGCGCAAUAUACCGCGUCAAGACUUGAACAGCCUGAAUGAAGACUCGUCGAAUCGUAAACGCAGCACAAGUUUAACCGAACGUGGUAGCCGCAAUACCUCAGCUAUGGGACGCAAUGAUUCGGAGAUGCGUCCCCUACUAAAUGCCAGCUUGAAAUCAUUUCAUGCUGAAUUGGCUGAGACUUGUAUUGAUUUUCUGGCUAGGCAUACCUUCUCUCCCUGCUCGGCAUUGCCCAAACGCCUUCCUGCUGUAGAACAUCUACUCAAAGAUGGUCAUUCACAAACCUGGCUGGUGGGACAUAAUUUAGUAACCAUCACUACUUCGGGGUGCCCUUCGGUUCCAACUCGCACUGGUCUAUGUGAUAGAUGCUCUCAAUUGGGUAAAGCUUAUACUCUAAGCCCCAAGGCCAGCACCGAUACUAAUCCCGGCACUAGCCCUCUCUCACCGGAAAUCAAUCAGCCAAUCCAGGCAGUGGCACCAACGUACGAACAUCGCUAUACUAAAGUUUCACUGCAACACAGUAGUGGAAAUGAGUCGGCAGGCAGUACAGAUUUGACUUCAUCAUCUUCCUCCACUUCGCACACUACUCAAAGACAAACUUCUAACAGUUCUACAGCUUCUUUGGAGGCUUUAUCCCGCAGAGGAUCGAAUCCAGAGGCUGGGAGCACCGACUUGGGCGUGGGCGGCAGUUGUGCAUCUCUGCUGGGCAAUUCAUUGUCUUCGUCCAGUAUUUGUGCUUCGCCAGUAUGCGUGCGUUCCUGCACUGCUUGGGCAGAGAUCUUCAUUCGUCGCCCCACUGGAAAUAUAUCAUGGAUAACCCGCAUACAAAAUCCCAUUUCCAAUGAAUGUUUUGGCUAUGAUGUACCCUUUAGCAGUAUGGUCUCUCUAUUCUUGCCCACUUCCCAGGGUGGUGUCUUUGGACCCGACUUUCUACAAGUGGAAAAUUUGAUGGACAUGAAUAUAAGCGCAGAGAUUAAAGAACCAACUCCCAUUCCUGUGGAAAUUCCAAAACAGGAAGUGAUUGUUAAUAAACCUUUGGAAGAGACUCGUACCAGAUCGACUUCCAAGACAAGACCCUUGCUAAGGCAAGAGGAGAUCUCAUCGUCGGCGGUGACGGUAGCAGCAGCCGCUGGAACCGCUGCCAUAGAUAUUCCCAAGAAAACCUCUUCUGGAAAACGAGGCAAGGAGGCUCUCUGCAGCAGUGUGAGUGAUGGCGAAGCUGAUGAGGACUAUGUUAACAUAGAAGGAGAAGAAAUGCGCGCUCGCAAGCCGGUGCGUAGAGUUAAUUCAAGUCCUGAAAUGAGCUCCAGUUGGCGUAAUACAUUCUUGGCCAAUAAACCGGCACCUUUGGCCCAAGAACCCACAGAGCCAGUCGAGUGUACGUUGGAUGCAAACCAACCACAACAACAACAGCAGCAGUUGCAACAGAAAAAGAAGGCGGUACAAUACAGUAAAGUUAGUUGCGAAGCUAUUCCCGAAGAGAUUGCAGGCUCCACACCGCCUCAGAAUUUGGAAGCAAGUGAUACCACGCUUAAAGCUCCAGAGUCGGGAACUUUGCCACCAAAACAACUAUCUGCAGAUGAUGUUAGUCAAAAGUCCCCCAUUGGCCAUAUACCAGUUCAACAAUCGACGUCAUCAACAUCACUAAAGUCAGGCGGCGCUGUAACUAAUCCCGAUGACAAGGUGGUAAACAAACCUCCUCUAUCCCCAGCACCACAACACUCCCCGCGUAUGGAAAAAGGCCAUGCUCCGGCUGUAAAAUCUACCUCAUUUGGCGCCCAUCAAGGGCUGGCCAAAUCCAGCAGUGGUGGUAAUAGUGUAAACAUGGGCUCCUCCGCUUCUGGAGUAAGUAACCAGAACAACGACUACAAUGGCGAAAUGCGUGGUCGUUCAAAAACCAUUUCGGUAGUGCGAGAGGUUAAUAAUGGCAAGUCAAGGCCUACAGCGAACUCCUUCUCUAGAUUUGGCAAUAGUAAGCCCCAACUGAAUUCAAAACUUUGCAUAAAUCCCAGUUUUGUCUUUAUGCAACUCUAUCACACCGGCCAUGCACAAGUGACGGAUACACCCAUUAAAGUACCGCCGGAGCAAAUGAGUGCGAUUACUUUGCUGGAUUUGGCGCCACCAUUUGAGACGCAUAAGAUAGGUGUUUUGUAUGUGGGCCAAGGUCAGUGUAACAAUGUUGUGGAAAUACUGCGCAAUUCUCAUGGUAGCACACGCUAUGUGGAAUUCUUAAGGGGGAUGGGAACUCUGGUCAGUUUGAAGGAGGCUGCACAAAACAAUUUGUUUAUAACAUUGGACACAGGUGGUGCGGAUGGAAAAUUUACCUAUGUAUGGAAAGAUGAUAUUGUACAGGUUACUUUCCAUGUGGCCACUUUGAUGCCUACAAAAUUGACCAGCGAUCCAAAUUGCAACGAGAAGAAGAAGCAUAUUGGCAAUGAUUAUGUAAACAUCAUUUAUAACGAAAGUGGGGAGGAAUACAAUCUCAAUACAAUAUCGGGUCAAUUCAACUAUGCCUGCGUGAUUGUGGAACCUUUGGAGUUGAAUACCAAUCGAAUUUAUGUAAAAGUUCGCCCCGAAAUAGCAACAUUUGUUUAUCACCCAGGACCGAAAAUUGUUUCCGAUAAAAGUGCCCCUUUAUUGGCCAGACAACUGGCUUUGCAUGCAAAUUUGGCCUCCAAUGUCUAUCAAAGUUUAAAAACAAAAAAUCCUUAUGCUUCCAAUUGGUUGGAAAGAUUGCGUAGCAUUAAGCGUUUGAGGGCAAAGCUUCUGGAAAACCAAGCUCAAGGAGGUGCCACAGCCGCCAAUGCCGAUAUUGAUGAUCGUUCGGCUGAGGCUUUAAAUAAACAAAACACAAAUCGUGACUUUACAAAAUACACCUAAAAUUUGAGAAAAUAUUAAAAAAAAGCAUAAAAACGACAUUUUUUUUUUGUAAAAACAACUAUAAUAUUACAAUAUAAAAAAUUUCGUAUAACAUGGUAAAGAAUUGAAUUCUUUAGCAAUUACUUUUGCGUUUAGUAGCUGGGCUUAUUACGUUCAUCAAUGAUACAUUUAAGAAUUUAUAUAUGUAGCUUUAGUGAAAAACAAUGAACAACAAAUGAUCGAAGUACGAAAACUUGAGAAAUAUUUAAAUAUCUAUAUUAUCCAAAAUAAACGCUUUGUAGCUUUUUUAAAAAAAUUAA